AUGGAAGUCAGUUCUUUUGGAUAUAAAGGAUCACAUUGUGGUUUAAUAUCUCCAUAUUCUAUUACAUCUAAUAGUAGUAGUAAUUCUUCAACAUUUAUAUCUAAUCAGUUACAUGAUUUAACUGAUGAAGAAUUGGCACAUUUAUCAGUUAGGCAAUUAAAUCAACGCCUUCAAGGUCAUGAUCAAGAGGUAGUUGCAAAAUUGAAACAAAAACGGCGUACAUUAAAAAAUCGUGGAUAUGCAUUAAAUUGUCGAGUUAGGCGCCUUCAAUCACAACAUCAACUUGAAGAGGUCAAUCAAAAAUUAAGAAAUGAGGUAACUUCUCUUCAACGUACAAUACAAUACCUUCAAUCACGUUUACAAUAUUAUGAAUCAUUCACAACAACACAAUUUAAUGAUAAUAGAAUGACAACAUUUCACCUACCUGAUAAUAUUUCAUCAACAAAUGACAUGAAUAAUAAUAAUGGCUCCAAUAUACAGCCACAACAACAAAAUGGAAGUUAUGUUACUUCCAAUAGAGUAAUCUUUAACAAUUCUAUAACGCGGGAAUUUUAG